AUGACAGGAGAUGACUACAGAGAUAAUGAAAUAGCAUAUAGUGCAUUUACUUCAAGUAAUGAAGAAGAUGGGAAUGUCGGUUAUGAAGUUUCUCAUAUAAAUCCUGCGGUCUCGGCCGCGAUCAACUUCCCCCGCAUCCUCGGGCCGGCUUCCUACCCUCCGGCCUGCUCUCUGCGCCCCCGGACCGGUCUCCCCUUCGCGGCUUCUGCCCCCUCGGCCCUGCCUCCUGCUCCCUGCCUCGGCGCCCCUGGACUAGCUUUCUGCUCCCCAGCCUCAGACCAGCCUUCCCGAUCUUCAGUGUUUGCUCUGCACCAGUUGUCGUGGCAAGACAAAGGAUCCACCGCCCCGACCCUGCCCGUCUCCUCGGUCUCGCCGAAGCAGCUGCAGACCCAGCAGAUUCCUGGAGCAGGUGCUGGGCCAGAACUGACGGCGCCCGGCGUAAAGUGGCGAGGGCAGCACUCACCUCUACGCUUCCACACCACCGGCAGCAAUCCCCUCUGCUCUGUUCCCGGUUCGAUUUCUGUGGCCCUCAGGCGGGGGAGAAGAGCUGGCGAACAGGACCGCCCUCCAAAGCACCGCCCCUUUACGUCCCUACCCCCAAAACUGAAUGAUAGGAUCCACUUCCAGCAGUGGUUCAGCAUGACAGUAAUUCUCAAGGAGGUGACUAAUGUAGUGGAACAAGUCUUCCCAACCCGAUUUGUGAUGCCCAAACCCAGUAGUGUCAUUAGGAUUGGUAUUCCUCAGUGCGUAGUGACUCAUAAAAAUGUUACAUGGGAUAAGAUUGAUUCUUCCCAUGCUUCUGAACCAAUAAAGAGAAAAUGGGAAGCAAAAUUGAAGCAAAUUGAAGAACGAGCUUCCUAUUAUAAGAGGAAACCUUUGUCAUCUGUGUAUAGACCAAGGUUAUCCAAACCAGAAGAACCACCCUCUAUUUGGAAACUAUUUCAUCGACAGACUCAAGCUUUUAAUUUUGUGAAAAGCUGUAAAGAGGAUGUUCAUGUAUUUGCUUUGGAAUACAAGGAGGGAGAUGGACAACGUAUUUAUCUUGUAACAACCUAUGCUCAACUUUGGUUCUAUUAUAAAUCCCGCAAAAACCUCUUGCACUGCUAUGAAAUUAUUCCGGAAAGUUCUGUAUGCAAGCUUUAUUUUGAUUUGGAAUUCAACAAACUUGCCAAUCCAGGAGCUGAUGGGAAAAAGAUGGUUGCAUCACUCAUUGAGCAUGUUUGUAAAGCACUUCAAGAAGUAUACAGUGUUAAUUGUUCAGCUGAAGAUGUUUUCAAUUUGGAUUCUAGCACAGAUGAAAAAUUUAGCCGCCAUUUAAUAUUUCAACUCCAUGAUGUGGCAUUUAAAGAUAACAUUCAUGUAGUUUUUGAUGUAGGCGUUUAUACAAGAAAUAGAAAUUUUCGCCUAUAUAAAUCAUCAAAAAUAGGAAAACAUGUGGCUUUGGAAGUUGCUGAAGAUAACAAAUUUUUUCCUACACAAUCAAAGAAUAUUUCCAAAGAAAACCAGUAUUUCCUCUCUUCUUUGGUCAGCAAUGUCAGGUUCUCAGAUACUUUACGAAUUCUUACAUGUGACACAUCUCAGGAUAAACAAAAACAUGUGGAAUAUUUUAACCAUAGCAACAUUUCAGUAGAAACCAUUGAAGGCUUUCAGUGUUCACCUUAUCCUGAAAUUGAUCGUUUUGUUUGUUCUUUGGUGAAUAAAAAUGGCAUUCAAGGAGGAAUUCGGCGUUGGAACUACUUUUUUCCAGAAGAAUUAUUGGUUUAUGACAUUUGUAAGUAUCGCUGGUGCGAAAACAUUGGAAGAGCCCAUAAGAGUAAUAAUAUCAUGAUUCUGGUUGAUCUGAAAAAUGAAGUUUGGUAUCAAAAAUGUCAUGACCCUGUAUGUAAAGCUGAAAACUUCAAGUCUGACUGUUUCCCAUUACCUCCUGAAGUAGGCCUCCUGAUGCUUUUCAAAGAUGAAGAGGAAUUUACAACAGAUGAAACAAGGAACAAUGAGAUCAAGUUGUCAAGAGGUGAUUCUUCCCAUGAUGACUGGGAUAAUAGCAUUGACGAUGCUGAUUUUUCAGAAGCUGUGGAAGAUGCUGAGUUGGCUGAAGCGACAGCGAAUAGUCUUCUCAGUUAUAGCAGUGGAGUGGAUGAAAUUCCUGAUGAACUAAUUUUAGAAGUAUUACAAUAG